GUGUGCAGACUUGUCAGAGGAGGACUGGCAUGAACAUUUCACAAGAAAUACAGUCACAAUGCAGAUCCUCACUCCUCAUGUGUACUGGGCUCAGCGGCAUGGAGAGAUCUUUCUCCGGGUGGAUCUGAGUGAUGCAAAGGAUCUCGACAUCAGCUUGCAAGAAAACACACUUCAGUUCAGAGCCCAGGGCCAUGGAGCUAAAGGAGAUAACGAAUACGAGUUCAAUUUGGCGUUCUUCGAACCUGUUAGACCUGAGAUCAACCAUAAGUCCACCCAGCGUCAGGUGGACAUCAAGAUCAAAAAGCAGGAGGAGCGCUGGUGGGACCGGCUGACACUGCAGGAAAAGAAACCUCUGUUUUUGGCUCCGGACUUCGACCGCUGGCUGGACGAGUCUGACGCAGAGAUGGAGCUUCAGGCUAAGGAGGAGAAGAUAAACAAGAUAAGUGUGGAGUCAAGAGUUCGAAAAGACCCCUACCUUGGUCUGAAGAAAGGAUACUUGUUUAUGUACAACCUGGUGCAGUUCUUGGGGUUUUCCUGGAUCUUUGUCAACAUGACUGUUCGACUCUUCAUUCUUGGUCAAGAUUCGUUCUAUGAUACCUUCCACACCACGGCCGAUAUGAUGUAUUUUUGUCAGAUGAUGGCCGUGCUCGAGGUCAUUAAUCCCUUGUUGGGUCUGGUUAAGACUGGAUUUUUUCCUGCUUUGAUACAGGUGGCAGGAAGGAACGUCAUUCUGUUUGUUGUCUUCGGCAGUCUGGAAGAAAUGCAGAAUAAACCCGUUGUCUUCUUCGUGUUCUACCUGUGGGCCACCAUCGAGAUCUUCAGGUACCCUUUCUACAUGCUGGCCUGCAUCAGCACUGAGUGGAAGCUGUUAACGUGGCUGAGAUACAGUCUCUGGAUCCCUCUGUACCCGCUGGGAGUUGUGGCUGAAGCUGUGGCUGUGAUCCAGUCUCUGCCCAUCUUUGAUGAGACGCGUCUGUUCAGCUUCCCUCUCCCUGCAAUGCUGGGACACUCUUUAAGCUUCUCCUACACUCUGCAGCUCUACCUGGUCCUCAUGUUCCUCGGACUCUUCAUCAAUUUCCGCCACUUGUACAAGCAGAGGAGGAGACGAUAUCGCUCGAGGAAAAGGAAAGUCCAGUAACUCGUCAGUUUAUUUCUAACACACUCUGAACUGCCGUCCACUUAAAGAUAAAGCGACUAUUUCUUUUUCCUCCAAUUGCCUUUUCUCAUCUUCCUACACACACACUUUGACCUGAUGUUGGAGUACUGGUCACCUUAUUCCUCCACUGGGUGAACUGUUAACCUUCUCCAGUCCGAAUCCUGUAAAUGCUACUGUAUCAGCUCGACGACUCACUGGCGAACGGAGGUUACCUGAAAACACUGUGUCGGAUGAUCCAGUGCUUUACUAUUACCACGUUUAUUCUCUCACCAAUGUUCAUAUUUAACUAAUCGGUCUGUGUCUGCAGUUACCGUCUAAGAUUUUGUUAAAACAGAAAUACUUUGCUGAUUUUUCUGUUGAUUUUCUUGUUGGGGGAGACACAAAAGUGUUUACUUUAUGAACAUCCAGGAGUAAUUUGUUUUAGAGUUGGAAAGUAAGUGGUUUAGGAAAACAAUUUCUGUGAACAAAGAGACUGCAACAGAUCCACCAUUUCCGCUUUAUUUAUAUUUUUCAAUUUACUACAAAAUUGUUACCAUCAAAACACCUCUUUGAAAUAUAUAUUGGGUUUAUUGGUCUUUAAGCCAAUUAAUUAUAAAUCGUAGCACCUUCUGAGUCAAUUUAAACCUAUAGUUUUCGCAAACUGUUCUCACUCCCAACUCCAAAAAUACAGCAGCUUGGUCAGUGGCCGAACCUGUCAAACUAUGAUACUCCUCGUAACCCUCUAGUGUCAGUUUUGCGAAUGCAGAGUUGCCUCUAGUGGACGUAGUAAUUAUUACUGGAGUGGAGUAAAGAAAGAACUCAGGUGACGUAGUCAAACAAGCAACCUAACAAGUCCACAUAGGGAGGAGGUCAGGGUGGAUGGAUGGGUUAAACUAACACAGCACUUUAACCCAGAGCCCGCUGUUCGUGAUCCACAUGGUACCCAAUGUGUUGACUUCUUUUAACUUGCAAGACAUUAUUUACUUACAUAACUUAAGUUUACCUGACUAGCAACAAACAAACUUAUUUAAACCCAAACCCUGAUCUUUUCUUGAACCUAUAGAAAUAGUUUGGUUUGAAAACACACCCUUAAACACAUGAUGGAGUCUAUUGGACUUCCCUACAUGUUGAAAAAUGAGGCUAAAGGGGUACACAGCGUGUUAAAAAGACACUCAAAGCGCCCUUAAGUAAGUUGGGAGUGAGAACAUGUUGAUUUUUGCUGCAUACUAAUGCAAUUGAAAGCUAAAACAGCUUUCAUACUCUCUGGGGUAUGUCCAAUGCUUCCUCUAUCCGUGAAUUUAGAAUAUACUGCAUUAUUAGGAAUGCAAGAAACAAGCAAAUUCUUAUGAUUGUCUCCCUCAUGUUGGAGAUGUUUGCAUGUUUUUUUCAGGGAUUUAUGUGUGAAAACCGCCUGUAAACAAAAUGUUUUGGUCAGACUGAAUUCGCGAAUGUCAGAACGUACUGUAUUUAAAUUUACCACGAGAGUCUGAAAAUUGUUCCUGCUUCCGACUGCAUGUAGACACAACAAUCUCAAGCAUGUUUAAAGUCUCUGCAAGAUGAUUUGUUAACUUGCAUAUUCUUGUAAAAUCCAUCUGCAGCAAAUUAGAUUUGAUAAGCUAACACAACUUUUAAGGUUCCUGAAUCAAUAGAGAUAUUAUUUCAGGUGCCUUUGCAUGAAUUUAGAUAAUCGUUGUUUUUAUUCCUAACACAGACUCUUAGAUGAAGCAGUCAGUCAUUUACUGCUGUGAAUUUUAGCAAAGCCAUGCAAAUUAUUGUAGAAGGAAAUAUAUAUAUUUAUUUAUUUUCCUGAUACAACUCACUAUUCUUCUCAAUGCCUUGACAUUAGUUUUAUUGGUCAACACAUGAUUAUGCUUAUACACCAUUACCUACAAAGGUAUUUGGUAUUUCACAGCAUACAUAAUGCUGUGAAAUUAUAACUGUUCGUAUUUAAAAACAUAUUGAUCUCUUUAUCAACAUCAUAAAACACGUUUUUUUCUAUAUACGAGCAGCGCCUCUAAAAAAAAACUGGAAGUGGAUUUGAGCUGUACUCUUGACGAUGAACAUCAACAUUAUCCAGGAAAAGCUUGUGGCUAGAUGGAAAGAUGUAACUUAAACAUUUUAGCAGUCUAUAAUAACAAAUGUUGUGUAAGUUUAAUUAUGAAUCUUUGAUUUGAUGGAUUGUUCCAUUUGGAGCCCACAACUGAACUGUUUAGAUAUGAACUCAUUACUAUAAAUAAAGUUCUUGUGUACUCAGAAGGAUUCAAAUUCAAGGAUUUUCAACUGACUGUACACAAGUUCUUUGUUUUGCUCUUUUGUCCUUUCCAUACUGUUCACCUUUGAGCCUUUUGUUUGUUUUAUAUUUAUUUGUGUUUACUGAAGUUUUUGAUUUGAAUUUAUUUGUUUCGGAUAGAUUUUUCUAAAGGUAAGUAUGGAAAGGAUGUGUAGUGAACAUACAGCUUGAUUUAGACAUUUUAUUGCAUUUCAAAAGUCCUUUUAGGCAAAUUCAGACUUGUUUGUAAGUCACAAUUAGGAUUUGCUGACAAAAUA